AUGAUCAAUACUAAUUUCAGCAUAAAAAGAAAGGAGUCUGUCACUGGAGAGGAGAAAUUUUUAGAGACCAAAAAAAAACUUCGUCGAGAGGGUGAAAAACUUCGGAGGGAGCGGUUGAACCACACAUUGAGCUUGCUGGCAGAGGAGGUGCCAUGGCUGAAGCAAUGUGAAAGGAGACCUGACAAGAGCAGCAUACUAAAGCUUACUGUUAAUUACCUCAAAUUAAAUAUUGGUAUAAAGAAAAGAAACUUGAAUUCUAUUCUGCCAUCUUUCUUGAAAGAUUCAGUGACUGAAGAGUUCUUGGAAUCGGUUGCUCAUGGAUCCUUGCUUAUUGUGUCGGAGUCAGGGACUAUACUUUACAUGUCCGAAUCUCUCACACAACAACUUGGCUGGCUCCAGGUGGAUGUGUUGGGCAGCCCAAUUAACAAGAUGUUACACAAGGACGAUGUGGAACUAUUUAAAUUACAGUUUAAUCAAGACAACAAUUUCCAUUACACAACAGAACAAUACACAGAGGAGAAUAAAACUUAUAUACCAGUGCACUCAUCAAGAAGAGUGAAGAGAUCAUUCUUUGUGAGAAUGCAGAACCUGAGUCAUGUAUCAGGGACUACACCUAAGUAUGAGGAAAUGAGAAUCAGUGGCCAUGUUUAUUGUCAUACACAGGACAAGAAGAAGGACAGAUCAGUUUUAAAUGAGAGUUGGUUAGUAGGUGUUUGUAUCCCAGUGGCACGACAGGCCUUAUUGAACAUGCAGGCUUAUGAAGAUAGCAACAAUCCUGAAUGGGUAUCCCAGCAUGCAAUGGAUGGCAAACUCUGGUAUCAGGAUCACAGAAUUGCCUUGGUAGUUGGAGUGAUGCCAAAUGAGCACAUUGGAAUGUCAGUGUAUGACCUUGUCAACAAGAAUGAUUUGAAGGACAUUGCCUGUAGUCACAUGAAAAUUAUGACAGAUGAUGAGAUUCCGUGUACAGUGUUUAGGUUGAGCUCAUUGAAUGGUUGUGGUCCAGAGAAAUACAUCAAAUCAAGGUCUGUGAUAGUCAAAGAUGCCUGGACGAAGAAGAAUCUCUUCAUUGUCAGCUUAAACCAGCAUAUUAGUGAUGAAGAGGGACAGGUCUUACUACAGGAGCAGGGGAGGAGGGUGAGAGCAUUAAUAGCAGCCACCAAAAGUGUGACACUUCAAGAGAAAAACUUUAGUGAGGAAAACAGUGACAAUGAUGUGAUAUCAACAGCAUCAGACACUAGCCAGUCCCCAGCCAUCAGUGAAGGGAACUCUGAUGAUGUUAUGGGAUCAAAAAGCAGUGUAGACACUCAGAGUCCAAGUGACAGUGAUUCAAUCCCAGGAGUCACAUUGGCUAGUGCUAGCCCAUGUGAAGAAAGUGUAUCUAAUAGCAAACACUCCUUAAAGAAAGAAUCACUUCCACUAUUAAAAAGUCUUCUGAUUGGGCCUAAUCAUAUAAAAGGGACAGUAAAUAAAUGUGCAAUUGUCGAGAGAAAGUCACAGAAUAGUACUUCUCUGUCAGAAAUUGAGAUGUCUAGACACUUGAAGAAAGGUUAUCAGCUUCUGAAUAUGAAAGCUGAAUCAACAAACUAUGAUGAAUUUUGUGAAAGGUUAACUGAUAUUAAUAGCUCUAUUAGUGUUACAGAAAAGGAAAAUGUUUCUCUGGAUAUUAUUGAUGAUGACCUUGUCAACCAAACUGUGACAGAAGUGCCACCUGCUGGGAAGUUGUCUCCAGCAUCAUUAUCAGGGGGAGAUAAGUCUGCUGUAAAUAAUCAGCAUUUCAUGACUCAAAUUUCUCAGUUUUUCCCGAGUGUGUCCUCAGAAGGUGUGUUACAUGCAGGACAAAACCAUUGUGAAAUAAACACAAACAGUGCAAGCUCUCCUCGUCUGUCUGUAGUCAAUUCUUCAAACAGGAUAUGUCCAAUAGAGAAAAGGGGUAGUAGUACUUUGAACAUGGGUGAGAAUUUCAUGGACUCCUCAACGCCAUUACUUGAAAAUAAAGAGGACAAAUCAACAAGACUUACAGAAUUGAAUCAAGUCCAGUCUCCAACCAUUUCCUCACAAAAAUCACCAGUCAAAAGUGAUUCAUGUGUUCAACACUCAAGUGAGAAAAACGUAGAGUUACGGUUUUACCAACAGCUUAAGAAUAAACAUAACACUCUAGCGAAAAGUUUACAUUCCCAGAGUCAAGAACUAAACACCAUGAAGAAAAACCUGCAGGGCUAUAAGCCUUAUCCCAAACUCAGAGAAAAGUUAAACCUCCUCCAAAGAGAAGUACAAGAACAAAGCACAAUGUUACAUGACUUAGAGAAGCUGAUGAUAGAGAAAUUUUCAACAACUUUGACAAGUGCACCCAUGACUUGAAGAAAGUCAACUG